GAUAAGAUGUCCCCUUCUCGCAGCAAGUGAUUUGGCUGUUGCCAUGGAGCUGCUGCCGCUCUCCCGUCCGCGCGCCCACGCAGGCCUCCUCACCUGCAGCUCCACUCCCGUCGUCCUCGGCCUCCACUCCCACUCCGCCGCUGCUCCGAGCCGGCGCGCGUGGCCGCUCCUCGCCCGCAGGAACCGGAACGGCCGGACCGACGAGGAGACCGCGGCGGAGCCCAAGAUCAUCACGGUCGGGCGGGCGGGGAAGAGCCGGCGGCGCCGCAACAGGAAGCAGCAGACGCCGCCGAAGGAAGAAGGAGACGACGAGGAGGACGACGACGAGCGCGACGCGACGAUCCCGGAGGUGGUGACGAACCGGAUGAUGCGGCGUGUGGGGGCGUCGGUGGGCCUGCCGCUGGCGCUGGGCGUGGGGUUCUUCCCGGUGUUCUACUACCUGAAGGCGGUGGCGAAGGUGGACGUGCCGACGUGGAUCCCCUUCGGCGUGUCGUUCGUCUUCUUCGGCGCGGCGCUGGCCGGGGUGAGCUACGGCAUCGUCUCCGCGAGCUGGGACCCCGCCCGGGAGGGAUCCCUGCUGGGAUGGAACGAGGCGCGCCGCAACUGGCCCGUCUUCUGGGACUCGCUCCGGGGACGCUCUCCGUCCCCGCCUCGCCGGGGCUAGGACUAGGAAUAGGACAGGCCACUUCCCAGUACAUUUCUUCUGCUUUUUUUUUUUCCAUGUCGAUUAUAUUAUUGAUGAAGCGGAUGCAAGUGUAGAGAUCGUGACUGUUUUCGCGUGCGUUUGUCUCCGAAUCUUGGGGUCUUGCAUUGGUGUUCAUUAUGUGUACAUUCAUGUCAAUCGAUCGCCGUCGUGGUGUGCUUGGGACUGAGGUUCA